AUGGUCGGCCCUCGAGGGUACCCACCCAAGAGAGCACAGAUUUCUAAAGACCAGGGUACCAUAGCACACAAAGGAAAUGUGACUUUCACACAACAACUUUUGCACCCCAUGCCCAGCCCGGAAUCCCCAGGUCUGACGGUCGGAGGCUGUGGGCUGCGCCGUGACUGGAACCCUGGGCCUGGCGCCGUCCUUCACUCCUCCGGCCAGGGCACAGAUGCGCGACAGACGUCCGCCCCUGAGCACGACAGUCCCCUCACUGGAUCCGCCCCGGAGCGCCCAGCGUGGAGGCCGAGCCUCGGGGACUCUGAGUUGGGCCCCCGGCCUCUAGAGCGGCGGUGCGUGAGGCGCUCGGGCCCGCGCUGCUCGCCGCGGCCGCGGCCGGGUGGUGCGGGAGCCCCCAGUCGCGAGGGGAGGCGCUGCCGAGGGGCCGGGUCCGCGGCGGCGUCCGGACCCGCGGAGCUGCAGCCCAGCCCCGGGCCGAGCGCGCUCGCAGACUCCAGAGCGCCACCCAGCACCUGCACCCCGGCGGGCGCGGGUUCUCCCGAGUCCCGCGGGGCGCGAGCUCGGCCGCCCUCAGCCUUUCUGAGCGCCUGCUUCUGGAAGCGCCGGCGGAGAGUGGUUCGUGCGGCGCCCGCGGAGCGGUCUGAGCGGCCAGCGUGGCUGCCCUGCCAGGGCCGGGACGCGGGGAGAGCCGUGGGGCCCCGAGGAGACUUCGCGGAGAGGAGCCGGUUCCCCAGCCCUGUGACAGCUGGCAGCGGAGAUUACAGAAGACUCCUCCAACUCUCCAGAGUCUUGGACUGUGGCGCACCGAAAUCCUGAAAGGGCCUACACAGUCAGUUUUACCUUGACAGUUCGAGUGACUGGUGUGUUCCAGCCUGGACAUCUGAGUCUGUUUUAGCAUCACACUAAUGGCUUGAAGUGGCUGUGGUCAGGUAAGUCGACACCGCCGGAGGAUAAACUAGGUUUGACCCUAUUGCUUCAAGCUCCUUCCCUCUGCCUUCUCCACACAUUCCUGGGGUAGGAUCCCCGGGAUGAAGAAGCACCAUUGGAGGAAUAGAAGGUGAGGGGACAGGAAGGGUAGCCAUGAUCUGUUGGCAGAAGAAUAACUGUUACAAGCUUUAGGUUUUUUUUUUUUUAAGGAUUUAUUUUUCUAAUCUACUUAAAAGACAGUUACAGAGUGAGGUAGAGCCAGAGUGAGGUCUUCCAUUCCGCUGGUUCACUCCCGAAAUGACUUCAAUAGCCAGAGCUGAGCCGAUCAGGAGCCAGGAGCUUCUUCUGCGUGUCCUAUGUGCAUGCAGGGGCCCAAGGACUUGGGCCCUCUUCUACUGCUUUCCCAGGCCAUAGCAGAGAGCUGGAUCAGAAGAGGAGCAGCUGGAACUCAAACCGGUACCCAUAUGGGAUGCUGGCUCUGCGGGGCUUUAACCCGCUGUACCAGAGCACCAGAACUGUAAGGUAUUUUCAAUAAUAAAAUAUUAUUAUCUUUAAAUAUUUAUUUUUAUUUAUGACUUAAAAGGCAGAGCUGCAGAGAGAGAGAGAGAUACCUUCCAUCCACUGUUUUCACUCUUCAGAUGGCCUUAGUCCCAGGACUGGGCCAGGCCAAAGCUAGGAGCUGGAAGUUUCAUCUAAGUCUCCCACUUAGGUGCAAGGGCCCAAGUACUUGGCCAUCUUCGCUGCUUUAUAAGGCACAUUAGCAGGAAGCUGGAUUCAAACCAUCACCCAUAUGGGUGGGAUACCAGUGUUGCAGGAAGCAGAUUAACCCACUACAACCACAACACCAGCCCCUGAAGCAUUAUUAUAUUAGCAUCUUUGUAAAAUAUUUUACCACAAUACUUUUCCAUUGAAAUAUAUUUCUAUACUCUGUAAUUUCCAUUGUGAUUUAAAACAAAUAACUUUACUUCUUACAUAUAAAGAUAUUUUGCUUUAGAUGCUAAUUAUUCUCGCAUAAAUGUAACAUAAGAUCUGCUAUAGAGCUGCAGUUCAGACAGCCACAUAUCUGCCCUGGAUUCAAUUCUAAACAAUGCCAUCAUGGACUAGUCCACUAGAGGUCACUGAAGCUAAGGUUUCCCCUUCAAUAGCCCCAACUCCCUUCACCUUUUUAUAUAUAUAUAUAUAAUUUAUUUUGUUUGAGGAGUACAACUUCAUGCAUUUAAUAUAUACAGAUUUGGGAACAUGAUGUUUUUCCCCCUACCUCCCUAUCACUCAUACUUCCUCUUCGUAUUCUUAUUUUUCUUUUUUUUACAGAGAUCAAUUUUCAGUUGAUUUUUAUACUCAUAAGAUUAGCCCUACACCAAGUAGGGGGUUCACUGAUUAAUGUGAAGGGAAAGAAAAAAGAAGUAAAGGACAAAAGCAAGCAAACAAACAAGGAAAAUAUUGUUCCCCUACAGUCAAGGAGUUGGCUGUUCAAAAUCAUUGGAUCUCAAAUUGUCAGUUUUGCUCCUAUAGAUUCCAUUUUGACUAUUCAAUUAAUUACCACAGAUCAGAGAGACCAUCUCAUAUUUGUCCUUUUGUGACUGACUUAUUUUCCUAAGUAUAGUGGUUUCCAGUUGCAUCUGGGCAAGUAUCUGGUGUAGCACCCAGGUUGGGUGUACUAGUUUUCCUCUGGUUAACUGGAUGCAGAACAAUGACCACUCUGUUGGUGCAACCACACUUUCUCUUCCAGGCUAAGGCGUCCUCAGGUGUUAGCCCUCAAUGUGUUUAACAUGCAUCCACAAUGACACACAUAUGAUCUGCCCAGCCCCUAUUAUAUGCACUAUUCUCUUUCCUAUGAGGUGUUGUAGGCCACUAAGGAGCUCUGAGAGUAGAAUGUAGCUCUCUGUGAUUGCCCAAAAUGCAGCCACACCCUAUCUCCUUUCACAGGAUCACCAUUUUCUUCUCAGUCUCAGCACCCAAGGCUCUCAGGGCCAAGGAGUGCAGGUGAAGCCACUCCACUCAGCCCAUCCUGACAGCAGCCCACUGAAACGAGUCCUGUCCUCCCAACCAGAUUUGAUGCCAGUGAGAUACCGGGGUUUUCUCUCUGCCAAGAUCUCUGGGUCACAGGCGUGCACUGUACCCACCAGCCACAGACAGACUUGCUCAUUUCACAACUGUGCUGGGUGCUUAAGAGGGCCCCGCAGGCUGUGCUUCCCUUCCAAGGGAUGGUUCCUCCUCAGUCUUGAUGGCGGGUGAGUGCAGCUGGCAGGCAAUGGUGGCCACCUCAGAGGGUUGCUCCUGUGCUGCUAUGUGUGCCCCUGCUGACUGGGUGGAGGGCAACUCUAAGAAAUGCUGGGUGCUGCACACAAUCUGAGGUGGCCACUAAGUGCCUACGUCCAAAAAGGGUGCUGGCCUCCCAACAUGGUUGCAGGUUGCUGUUGCAGGAGGGAGGAGGGGACAAACAGAGAAGCCCUACUUUUUUUCCUUUACUCCCCUCUCUGGGCGAGCAGUCACCCUGCUGUUCCGAGGGAUCUCCAGUGGAUGAAGGGGUACAGUUCACCAGGCUUUGCCUCUCAGCAUGGGCCCUGGAGGCCGAUCUCUCCUGGUUUACCAGGGCAGGUGGGCAUCCACUACCCUGAUCCAAGUUGCUGGGUACUCCAUCAUCUCCUAUUAAAUGCACUUUUAGUUGGAAGCAUUUCCACUGAGAUCUGGUACCAGACAGGGAUGCCCACUCUCACCACUGCUAUUCAAUAUAGUUCUGGAAGUUUUAGCCAGAGCCAUCAGGCAAGAAAAAGAAAUUAAAGGGAUACAAAUUGGGAAGGAAGAAAUCAAACUAUCCUUCUUUGCAGAUGAUAUGAUUCUUUAUUUAGGGGAUCCAAAGUACUCUACUAAGAGACUAUUGGAACUCAUAGAAGAGUUUGGCAAAGUAGCAGGAUAUAAAAUGAAUGCACAAAAAUCAACCGUCUUUGUAUACACAAGCAAUGCCAUGGCUGAGAAAGAACUGCUAAGAUCAAUCCCAUUCACAAUAGCUACAAAAACAAUCAAAUACCUUGGAAUAAACUUAACCAAGGAUGUUAAAGAUCUCUACUAAUGAGCAUUACAACAUCUUAAAGAAAGAAAUUGAAGAGGAUACCAAAAAUGCAAAAAUCUUCCAUGCUCAUGGAUUGGAAGAGUCAAUAUCAUCAAAAUGUCCAUUAUUCCAAAAGCAAUUUAUAGAUUCAAUGCGAUACCAAUCAAAAUACCAAAGACAUUCUUCUCAGAUCUGGAAAAAAAAUGAUGCUGAAAUUCAUAUAGAGACACAGGAGACCUUGAAUAGUUAAAGCAAACUUGUACAACACAAACAAAGCCAGAGGCCUCACAAUACCCGAUUUCAGGACAUACUACAGGGCAGUUGUUAUCAAAACAGCAUGGCACUGGUAAUGAAACAGAUGGAUAGAUCAAUGGAACAGAAUAGAAACACCAGAAAUCAACCCAAACAUCUAAUCCAGCUUAUAUUUGAGCAAGGCUCUAAAACCAAUUCUUGGAGCAAGGACAGUCUAUUCAACAAAUGGUGCUGGGAAAACUGGAUUUCCUCAUGCAGAAGCAUGAAGCAAGACCCCUACCAUACACCUUACACAAAAAUCCACUCAACAUGGAUUAAAGACCUAAAUCUACAACCUGACACCAUCAAAUUAUUAGAGAACAUUGAGGAAACCCUGCAAGAUAUUGGCACUGGCAAAGACUUCUUGGAAAAGACCCCAGAAGCACAGGCAGUCAAAGCCAAAAUUAACAUUUGGGAUUGCAUCAAAUUGAGAAGGUUCUGUACUGCAAAAGAAACAGGAAAGUGAAGAGGCAACCAACAGAAUGGGAAAAAAUAUUUGCAAACUAUGCAACUGAUAAAGAAUUAAUAACCAGAAUCUACAAGGAGAUCAAGAAACUCCACAACAUCAAAAUAAACAACCCAAGGACCUCAAUAGACAUUUUUCAAAAGAGGAAAUCCAAAGGACCAACAGACACAUGAAAAAAUGUUCAGCAUCAGUAGCCAUCAGGGAAAUGCAAAUCAAAGCCACAAUAAGGUUUGACCCCACCCCGGUUAGAAUGGCUCACAUACAGAAAUCUACCAACAAGAGAUGCUGGUGAGGAUGUGGGGAAAAAGGGACACUAAUCCACUGUUGGUGAGAAUGUAAACUUGUAAAGCCACUAUGGAAGUCAGUCUGGCGAUUCCUCAGAAACCUGAAUAUAACCCUACCAUACAACCCAGCCUUCCCACUCCUUGUAAUUUACCCAAAGGAAAUUAAAUUGGCAAACAAAAAAGCAGUCUGCACCUUAAUGUUUAUUGCAGCUCAAUUCACAAUAGCUAAGACCUGGAAUCAACCUAAAUGCCCAUUAACAGAAGACUGGAUACAGAAAUUAUGGGACAUGUACUCUAUAGAAUACUAUACAGCAAAAAAAAACAAUGAAA